CACCCCAUCUCCUCCCCCACAGCAUGGACAGGAGGUGCGCAGACCUGGAGUCCAGCCUGAAGCACCUGGGCAAGGCAGAGCUGAAGGAGUUCAAGGUCAAACUGAACAAGUAUAAGCCCCAGGGAGGCUUCCAGCCGGUGCUGUGGAGCGAGCUGGAGAGCGCCGACGCUCUGGACAUCGUCCGGGUGCUGCGCAGCCACUUCCUGGAGCCCUACGCCUUGCAGGUGGCUGCCGACAUCAUGGCUCUCAUCAACAAGAAGGACCUGGAUUCGACGCUGCGGCAGGCCCAUGACCUGAUCUCCAUCGAAGCCAUGCAGCUGCGAUAGCCCACCUUGGACAGAGAUGCUGGAGGCUGCAGACGUGGCCGGUGACUGACCACACAGGCGGCCAAGCCAGCACAUGCCUGAGCAGCGAAUGACGUGAGUUGCAGCUGUACGCUAUGCAAUGAGUAACCAAGCAGCUUGCCUUUCCCAUGAAAGAUGGCUAGAAACCAGCUAUAGAGUUGUUUCAAGCACCAACGUUGUAGCUGGCUAAAUCUUUUGUAACUGGACGGCUAUUUUUCUAUCACGGUCAUUUCUUUAUACAUGCGGCUGGUGUGAAUAAAUGGCAUGGUGGAGCAGUCCGUGGCAUUAGAAUUACUUUGCACGGGUGGCUGAUGUGAGUUUAUUGGAUGAAUGAGAAAUUCAU